AUGUGGAAACUGGCACUGGCUGGGGUACUCCUGGCAGCCACAAAGGCCUGUAUCUUCUGCCGUCUCCCGGACAGAGACUUGUCAGGCCGACUGGCUCGGCUCCUCAGCCAGAUGGAGCCCCAGUGGAAGGAGUGGGCCUCCCCAGACUUCUCAGCUUUUGCCCUGGAUGAGGUAACCAUGAACAAGGUCACAGAGAAGACUCACAGGGUCCUGAGGGUCAUCGAGAUCAAAAGGUCUCUUUCUCUCCUCCCGCCUUACUGGCAAUGGCUGCAGAAGACUCAAAUCCCUCAAUACAUCUGGGAAGCCCUCUGUGCUCCGGUCUGCCGGGGCAGCACAAUCCUGUACAACUGCUCCACCUGCAAGGCUGCCGAGGUGCCCUGCUGGCCCCGCCAUCGCUGCUACCCAGGAAGUCAUGAUCUUUGGGAAGCCAGGAUCCUGCUCCUGUCCAUCUCUGGAGCUGCCUUGUUGAUUGGUAUUGUCAUCCUGCAGGUGGAGUAA